CCCUCCUCCUCGUUACUGACCCGCCCUGCGGGUUUCCCUGUGCCACUGCGGUGAAACCAACGGUAAAAGAGGAUCUGGUUUAAAAAGUAAACAACAACCUGAAUAUCACGAGCGAGACCCCCGGUUUAUAUAGUUUUUUUUCUUUCCGUUCACAUCUCCGGGUCAACCUAUUUCAUCAUCCAACCGGCAAAAUGGGAAAUGAGGCAAGUUACCCCCUGGAAAUGUGCUCGCAUUUCGAUGCUGAUGAGAUUAAGCGUCUGGGAAAGAGGUUUAAGAAACUGGACCUUGAUAACUCUGGGUCCCUUAGCGUGGAGGAGUUCAUGUCCCUCCCUGAACUCCAGCAGAACCCGCUGGUCCAGAGGGUCAUCGACAUCUUCGACACAGAUGGAAACGGAGAGGUGGACUUCAAGGAAUUCAUUGAGGGAGUCUCACAAUUCAGUGUCAAGGGGGACAAGGAGUCAAAACUUCGGUUUGCCUUCCGGAUCUACGACAUGGACAAGGAUGGCUACAUUUCCAACGGAGAGCUCUUCCAGGUGCUGAAGAUGAUGGUAGGAAACAACCUGAAGGACACCCAGCUGCAGCAGAUCGUGGACAAGACCAUCAUCAACGCAGACAAGGACGGAGACGGCAGGAUAUCCUUCGAAGAGUUCUGUUUAGUGGUGGGUGGCCUUGACAUACACAAAAAGAUGGUGGUAGACGUGUGAGCAUGUCCCUCCGCUCCUCUCCCUCCCCUCGCUUUCUUCUCCAUCGGUCUCUGAAGAUCUGCUCAAGACGUCUGGCAAACACUUGGUGUAUCAAUGGAAGUAUUCUCUCUCCCCGUGAAGCCACUUUUUAUUCCCUAAACAAGCCACAAAGCUUCGCGAAGCCAAUUUAGUUGUGUUAUUGAACUCCAAUCCUCUCGAUAACCUGAAGGACAGCUAUUUUUUCUUUGUAAGAGCAUCCCAGUUUGAGGGAGGGAGGGGAAAGGUUGGCUUGAUUAUAUUUUGUCAACAUUUUUUUUUUGUAAUGAUAUUUUUUUUUUAAUAUUUAUUUUUGUUCUGGUCUCUUUUUUUUAAAUAGACAAGUAUAUCUAUAAAUGUUUAUUUAGUGGGGAAAUGUGUCAUUAUCUGAGGUGUUGCGUUUAAAUAAUAUACUUGAUUUGGGUUACAAUUCAAAACGUAGGGUAUAAAGUGCCAACCAGGACAUAUGGUAUUGUUAUCAUUAAGUAUCCACCAUUGCGGUCAGUGAUGGACUGGUCUGUGAUGAGUCAAACGCUCGCUGCAAGAUCACUAAUGGUUAGAUGCUAAUUUCAUUUUCUAAAAUAAACAGCAGUUUCUUUUGCACUAUUUGACUAUUGAGCAGGUUGGAUUCAAUAAAUUAAGACAUUUGACUCCUGAGCAGGUUGGAUUAGAUCAAUUAAGACAUUUUGACUCCUGAGCAGGUUGGAUUAGAUAAAUUAAGACAUUUGACUCUUGAGCAGGUUGGAUUAGAUCAAUUAAGACUUGACUCCUGAGCAGGUUGGAUUAGAUCAAUUAAGACAUUUGACUCUUGAGCAGGUUGGAUUAGAUCAAUUAAGACAUUUGACUCCUGAGCAGGUUGGAUUAGAUCAAUUAAGACAUUUGACUCUUGAGCAGGUUGGAUUAGAUCAAUUAAGGCAUUUGACUCUUGAGCAGGUUGGAUUAGAUCAAUUAAGACAUUUGACUCUUGAGCAGGUUGGAUUAGAUCAAUUAAGACAUUUGACUCUUGAGCAGGUUGGAUUAGAUCAAUUAAGACAUUUGACUCUUGAGCAGGUUGGAUUAGAUCAAUUAAGACAUUUGACUCUUGAGCAGGUUGGAUUAGAUCAAUUAAGACAUUUGACUCUUGAGCAGGUUGGAUUAGAUCAAUUAAGACAUUUGACUCUUGAGAAGGUUGGAUUAGAUAAAUUAAGCUUCCGACCACAUUAAACAUACAAUACCUGUUGGAAGUUUAGAGUGAUGGUUUUAUUAUGUUUAUACUUUAAGAUUAUUAUUCUAAGCGUAGAGAUAGACGCCAAGAAAGUGAUGUCUUGGCGUACUAAUUUGUAUUUGACUUACUUUAACGACACGUUUUUGCGUUGACCCAUAUGACAAUCCCCCAAUGCAAAGUAAAUGGGCGGCAGGUAGCCUAGCAGUCAGAGGCGAGCCAGCAACCGGAGGGUUGCUAGUUUGAAUCCCGGGUCGGACGGGAAAAAAUCUGAAGGGAAGUGAGCUGGUAACCAGAGGGUUGCUGUUGGUGUCAAAUCCUAGAUGGCAUAACCUGCCGUUGUACCCUUGAGCAAGACCCUUAACCCCCCCCACAGCAACUGCUCCAUGGGUGCCGUAGUGUGGCAGCGUCCCCUGCUCUAACCUGUGUGUGUGUGUGUGUCUUGGGAUAAAGUCAAAUGUUCUGUUGCACCUUGUGUACAAUUGAACAAAUAAAAGGAUCUUAUACAGCUUGAUCACUCAAAUUUAAAAAAAAAUAAUAAUCUCUUUAACAUGGACCAUCUAUGUAUUUGUAUUUUAUUAUAUCUUAAACUGAGGAAUAUCCUAAAAUAUCGAGAUGAGAAAGAUUUAAUGAAUGUCAGUGAGUUAUUGAGGGAAUAUAGAAUGGUGUGGCAUGUUAUCGAGACUCAACCGCAGGCAGCAUAGUAACUGUAUAUUAGGUCAAUGUUUGCUCAUCUUAGUAGAGAGAGAGGCUGCAGCAGCCAAUGUCAACCCCCCCCCCAUCAAUAGUGCAUUUACAGUACAGGGUUCUUUCUAAUGCAACAACGGAGUUACUCGUAAACGUUUGACAUGAUCAAUGGACAUACGGUACAUUUGAGAGUACAUUAGAAAGUGAAGAUUUAAGAACCUAUCACGAUCGCCUCAUCGGUCCUCUCCCUCCGUGGUAUUCACAGUAGGGAGACUGACACAAGUUUAAGGUGAAAUGGGCAUCCAGAGAAUAUAAUUGUAACAAAAUGGCGGCGGGUUGUAUUUUAAUGAUUUGAUAGUUGGUUUGGAAAUCAUUGUUUUUAGUGAGACGUGUCAAAUGCCUCCCUGCAUAGUGUACUACUUUUUAACCAGGGCCCAUAGCUCAGGUCAAAAUGAGUGCAUCAUAUAGGGCACUGUACAAGUGGCUUUUCUUGGGCCUAAGUUUGCAUGAUGAUUUUCCUUGUGCAUGUAGAUGAUCCAUUUAAAUAAUCCUUGUUAAAAAACGUGAAUAGUGAGGUCAGUAAUAACGAUAUUUAAUAAUCUACUGGGAAACAUAUUGGAUUUUGUCCUAACCUUGUUAAAUGUUCACAUUAUGGAGCAGUAAUCCAAACGAACUGAACUAAACUUUGUACCCCCCGGAUCAGCGCGAUGAGGAUUCUAUUCCUGUAAAAAGCUGGUCCCAAAGUCAACUGCCACUCACUGUACUCAACACGGUUUUGUAUAGAAGCUUUCCAUUCCGUUAUCUAUAUAGUUCAGAUUUUAGUUCCGCAAGUACUACUUUCUCUAUUUUCUUUGAAGGGGACUCGGUGCUCUUUUAGUUGUGUGUGGAAACUGAAACGGUUAAGUUUGACUAAUAGUUAUUUUCCCCUUUCUCUGCAUGGUGCAUCUGAUGCUGUGGGACUGUUGGAUACUUGAUAUUGUAUGAAAAUUAUAAAUAAAAAAAUAAUAAAAUACUUUGAAACAUUUUAA